AUGUUCCCGGAGACGACUGUCCACGGAAAACCGGCAGUCAUGAGUUGGCGUGGCUCUUGUCCAGGCGCGAAUGCGGGGUGGUGUUCUUGGGUUUGUCACAGUGCUUGGAGGGUCGUUCUGGAGAGUAGCAAGAGCAUCUGCGGGGUGACACUCUACGCAAUCCGGCUCUGGCAAGGUCUGCAAAGGGGCACGCUUCGGAUAUCUUCCUUUUUCUCGCCUCCGGUCCCCUCCGCGUCUCUUGCAAGCAUUCACCGGCUCUGUCUGUAUUUCUUGUUUGCUGUCGAGCUCUCAUCCUUCGAUCUCGUCGUUUCUCAGCAGCCUCUCCCCAUAGGGGGGACAUUCCGCUGGCAGCUCGUACCCGAGACCGACUUCCCGCAGACAGCAGCGCUUCAUUCGACACACGCACAUCCUCUGUACCGAAGUGGAUUCCCUUCGUCUGCUCCGGCGCUGCAGUCGAUUUGUCAUCAGGGAGCAUUCGGACUUUUCGUCUACGUUCCCUGUGUCCUUUUUCCGCGAAGCGCAGUUUUUUGUCCGAGUUCUUGCCGGGGAUCAAGGGUGGAUUAUGUCCGUGCCGAGCAAGCGCGAGUAACGCGCGCCGCACGGCCAUCCCUUUUCCGUGUCAGAGGAAGACAAGUCAUGCCGUGUCGGUUCUCUCUUGCCCUCUCUUCGGAUCAGAAUCACAGCUGCAUCGAAAUCCACCCCGCGUCCUUCAGAGAGCACGCAGAGGCAUCUGUGCCCCGCUCGCUGGAUACUCCCCGGAUUUGCGGGCACAGGCCGUACGAAGAGACCAAGAAAUUCGGUUCCGGUCAAGCUUCCUCCGUAGAGGCCUCUGGUUCUGCGGAGCCGUUUUCGACCUUCACAAAGGUCAUCGAGCAUGCUGGCACUCCGGCGGGCGCUGCAGGCUUCCGCUAUAGUUUCUUGUUUGCGUGUCACUCCGUUCCCAUCAUCUUCCGGUCGCCGCUUGUCUGCGUCCCUCCGUCCGUUCCACAAUACACUGCAGAAGAAUACGACGUCUCUGUCGAACAAACAGAAGACCAGAUUCAGCGAGCGACGCACACGCACCUUCAACUGUCGGGAGCGCCACGAGCCCCGGAUGCAAGGUUCUAUCACCCGGGGAGAUCUCUGUCGCCUCUUCUUCGAAACCGAUCAACGGCGCGGUUCCCAGCUUCCGGUUCUGAAUCAGGCGGUGACAACUCCAUUGCUGAUGCUCUGGCGAGGCUCAUACAGAGACAUGCCCGCGAGGACGCGGAGUUUGCGCGUGUCGCAGACUCCGUCACUCUUUCUAGUGGCAGGAAUGCGAGAAAAGGCUGUCCUGAGUUCACUUCGUCCUGGAGUCGCUGCUCAGCGAGCUGCGGACAUGGAUAUCGAUACCGCUUUACGCAGCGCAUCCGGCCGCGCGAUUCUGCGUGCACAACGCGCGUCUCUUCACAGAGCUGCGCCGCCGUCUCGGGCUGUUCAACCCCCUGGCAGAAAUGGGAUGCGAUAGGAGUGAAGAAACCAGAGGAGAUGCCCGAGGCCAUUUUUCUCGAACUGGGUGAAAAGAUUCCUCCGGAAAGCGAGUGGCAGAUAGAUACUUUGCCCGACGGUGCAAUCUAUUUCCUGUUCAAGACGGGUCUUUCUCAGAGGCACUUCAAGCGAAGGAUCCUCUCGGACACCGAAUGCGGCCUGGCGCUUCGCUCAUAUUUCCAGAUCUCUCGGCAAGAAAAACCAGACUCCGCUGCACCAGUCUUUGUCACUGAGUUCGUCUCCACGGGUGCCUAUAUUCCGUGUCCCGGAGAUGAAGAAGGCGUGCGGACAAAGGGAGGCCCGCUGCCACACCUCGCCCAAGGGCGCCCGGUGCCCCCGGCGCCGAAGCCCCGCACGAGCGGAUUGACCCCAGUCACACGUUCCAAGCCGCAGAAGCGUGUCGUGCUCUCUCCCGAAGAUGAGCGGCGUUUCAAUGAGAUGCGCAAAUUCGUUUUGGACCUCUCGUCAGAGUUCCCGGCUUUGGAGGCGCAGCUCCAGCCUGCUGUCUUCGAGAGGACAGACACGCCACAGUGUCCCAUUAUCGAAUCGACGCAGACGUCAUGCACUUCCACGUGCGGACGCGGAGAUUCUCUCUUCUUCCGCGUGCGUCCCGGUGGCGCCCGCGUCUGCAGAGUCGAGCCUGUAGUGUCCAGAUGCGAGGCGAUCUCGGGGUGUCCAGAUGUCGCGAGUAAAUGGCGAGCCCUGCGAGUCACGCGCCCCGACCAGGUUCCGCAGGAGAUCUUCGAAGAACUCGGCGCGCAGCUCCCUGACGAGACUGAGUGGGAAGAUGGCCGAGGCGUCUGCUCCAUCUUCGGCACAGGCCACACACGCCGGUUUCGCCGAGAGGGAGGCGAAAUCCUCGAGUCAGAGGCUCCAGGCGCUGCGGUUCGAGCUUUCUUUGUUCGCGAAGUCCGUGAAGUUGCCCCAGGGAACCUGCGGUGUGUGGCAUUUCUAGGCUUCACAGAUGCAGACAUUAUUCCACCGAUCGACGAGUCGGCAGUCGAUUCAGUUUUGCUAGAGAAGCAUAAUGAGUUCCGUCAGAAGUACGGCGUCGGACUUCUAAGUAUCGACCCGAUUUUGAAGAAAUUCGCCGAGUACUGGGCGUGGCAGCUCGAGGAGCGCGGCUGCAUUAUUCAGCACUCCGACAGGGACACGCGAGUGGCCUAUAUGGGCGGCGCAGAGUUCAGGUCGACAGGCGAGAAUCUGUCUCUCUCCUGCACGUUGGGGUCUUCUUCUUGGAGAACUGUCCCUGCGGGGUGGUUCGAGGAGGUCUUUUGUUACAAAUACGGCAAAACUGGAAAUCCCUGCAUCGCGCAGCCGCUUCCAAAAUGCAAUCCAGAGAGUCACGCGGAAGGCAUCAUGGUGGGGCACUUCACUCAACUGAUGAGCGACCGUUCGUCCUUGGCAGCAUGCGCAGUUCGGUACUGCCGGCAGCCCUGCAACCUGGGAGACAAAGUUGGACAGAAAGUCCUGACGGUGUGUAACUACGCUGAAGCUGGGAACGUCGAGGGGACCUACCCUUUCAGCCGCGCUGUUGCCGAGAAGUUGGUCGCCGUCCAUCCCGAUAUCUUCGAGGCGGGAGAGGACGACGAAUCGCAGCGAUUUUGUCGCCUGCAGAGGGAGAUCUGGGCGAAGAAAAAUCCGCUGAAGCAGCUCUAA